AUGAAGACCUCUGCCGUUGCUUUCUCUCUCAUCGCCCUCUUCUCCUCGGCCCUUGGCGUGCCCGUUGACUCGGCCACCGGCACCUCCGUCUCUGUCUCAUACGACACCGCUUACGAUGAUGCCAGCGGUUCCCUGAGCACAACCGCCUGCUCCGACGGUGACAACGGCCUGGUCACCAAGGGCUACCCUACUUUCGGCUCCCUCCCCGGCUUCCCCUACAUCGGCGGCUCUCCUACCAUUCCGGGCUGGAACUCUCCCAACUGCGGCGCGUGCUACGCUCUGACCUACGAAGGCACCACGGUCUACAUCACCGCCGUUGAUGCUGCCCCCGGUGGCUUCAACAUCGGCCUGACUGCCAUGAACAAGCUCACUAAUGGCCAGGCCGUCGCUGACGGUCGCGUCACGGCGACCUACGCUCCGGCCGACGCCAGCCUCUGCCUUACCAACUGA